ACAGAUACAGAAAAUAACCCUAUCCACAGGGAUGGGAAGAACCAUUAUCUUACAUAAAUAAUUCAAGCAAUGUUACACGGCUUUGAACGAAGAAAUUAUUAGGGUUCUCGAUUUUCUCUCAAAAUAAAUUCAACAAACUCCCCGGAGCUUUUGGAACUGAAGGCAGAGAUAACGUAGUAUGGAAUUCCCUUCUGGUGCCUCAAAACAUGUGUCCAAUCAAGAAAGGAGAGAAAAAUGUGUGAAUUUUAACACCUUCGGCGACGGGGGUCAGAAGAGAUUGGACUAACAUCCAUCAAUGUUGAGCAUCGAAAUCUAGUUUGCCAGCAGCUAAUUACGCAUCACCAGUUAAUUUCUCCUGGGCUGGUACGAAGACAGGCUGACAUUGUCCAAAGAGUCAACCAGGGAAUUGAAACCAACAAGAAACUGCAGGAUGCAGUUGUCACCAUGGAAACGUCACUUCGCCUUUGAAGGUCUGAUGGGUCUCCUGAGAAACCACACAAGAAAUAGUUCCUAAUCGCUACAAAUGGAGAACCAUCUGAUACCGGGGAGAUGUUUCACUACCAUUUAUGGUGAAGGCUUAUUAUUGGAUUAUGCGAACACCGAAAGAAAAUUUUGCUUCAGUUAGGUGAUAUAUGGAUCUUGAUGUGUUUGCGAUCUGAUACUCUUUGUUACAAUGCCUGGGUUUGGAUGAGGCCACUUUACGUGUACUUAGCCAUGGUACUAAAAGUGCGCCGAAGAUCAUGGCGGAUUUUGAUUGUGACAGUCUCGCUGAUGACGAUGGGAUUUUUGUGCGUUUUAAAUUUGCUGGUUCAUGAAUUGAAUUUUUCCGAAAAGAUUGUGAAUAGAAAGAGUGAAAAUGAAUUUAUUUUCAAAGACCCGCAAACCUAUAUUGCGCAGGGAAUAAGAAAACCUCAAUCAGCGGUUGAUAAAAGUGACCAAGACAAUGUUAAUUUAGAUCAGGGUUCAUAUAGAAAGUAUAUUUUUACGUCCCACAACAACAUUCCAAAUGACAUUGAACAAGAUAUCGAACAAGAUGAUAGUGAUGAAGAAUACACAAACGUAGAAUCAAUGAAAGACGAUGACAAUGACAAUGAUGAUGACAAGGAUAACAAAGAUGAUGAAUUUGAUGAUAACCAUAAAAUUAGUCCUCAUUUAAAAAAACAGAGGAUAUUUGAACCUUAUGAUUUCCAGAAUAUGUCCAAGCUCAUAUUUGCCAAACCACCUUUGCGAUUCCAAGAAGUUCCUAUUAAUGGGAAACAAAUGGUAGGAGAAAUGGCCGAAUCUGAUAGGAAGGAAUUCUCUGGGAAGCGAGCAGUUUCUGAGCAGAUCUUCUGGAGUGCAUAUGUAGAGAAAAUGGUGCCCAAAGGUUUCUCAGAUGAAGAAGUUUUUAACUACACCACAAGUAUACAGUCCCAGUCUGUGGACAAUGUGGAGCUGGCCUCUUGGAAUAAGUGUGGACGACCCAAGAAUGCUUACAUCACGCUGAAGAACAAGAAUAUCGUGUGUGCUCGAUACAGAGACUCGCAUGUCAGGUUCAUUCUAGGGGAGGUCCUCUCCUUCUACCUGUCUCGUUUGUUGGGGAUGGACAAUGUCCCCGCUGUGGUCCUGUCCACCACCGCUGCUGGUCAGUGGUCAAAGCAUAAUCUGGACAGACUGAACUGGAAGGAGAACCAGCUAGUGGCUCUGAUACAGUGGAUCCCUAACAUGGACACAUAUAGUUCUUAUGUCAAAAUUCCCAAAAGGAUCCUACAGGCUUAUCAGAGUGGGCAGCCCAUUCAUGGUGUCCAUCUUAAGAAUGCCAGUCUGCAGGAGGUGAUAGAACUACAGCAGUGGGGCAGCUUGUUCCUGUUUGACUACCUGACUGGGAACUAUGACAGGGUUGCAAGUAUGCAGGAUGCAGCAUAUGAGCAGAAGAAACCAAGCAUAAUUACAGAGAGAAUUAGAAAUCUAUUCAAAUCCACCAAAACCAACAAGUUCUGGUUGAUUGACAAUGAAAGUGGUCUUCUGGAUGCCUAUGACUUGAUGUACCACAAAGAACUGGGAGGCAGUAGGUUCAUCAAAUUCCAUCAACAGAUGUUACAGACUUUCUGCAUCUUCCAGAAAUCCACAGUGACUGCUAUUCAAAGACUUCUAAAGGAGGAUCAACCUCAUGUUUAUUUAUAUAAGUAUGCCAUGUCCCAUGAUCCAAUUCUGCAGAAGGUGCUACCUAAUUACAAGUCGAAUUUGAUUCAAAAGUGGUUUCAAAUGUGGUUCCAAAGAAGACUUGCUGAGGUUUAUAAAUGGAUAAAUCAUUGUGCUAGCUGACACAUGUGAUCAGCCAUACCAUAAUCUAAAUCUGUGAUAAAACUCUAAAGACAAACCAAAGGUACUUCACUCAGGCAAAAGGUAGUGUUCAUUGUACAAUCAGUACAGCUCUGUCCUAAAAUAGUCUCUGUGUUUUUCCAAGAACUCGUAUAACAAUGUUUCUGUCAUUUUUUUUUCGUUGAAAGAGAGAAUGGGUAAAUGUAUUUUAGUGUUAUGUGAAGGUAUGAUUUUCUGUUUUAGUGUUGCUAUUUUUGUUGAGAUAUUUUACAAUAGUGCUGUCAUAAUAAACAUGUAUUUUGUUGAAAGGGAAUAUUUUAGUAACAGUUCAUUGUAUGCACAAUAGAAAUAUGUGGUAUUUCAAAUUUGGUUCAAACUUAGGAAAAAAACCUCAUUAAUCUACUUAUAUGUCACAUACUCAUACCAGGUACUUAUUCCAGUAACCAUCAUCCAAAUGAUAAAUGUGUGUUACAUUUAUUGAAUUCCAUUCUUCAGUAUUUAAUGGUAUAUUUUUCAGUAUUUUUUUUUUUAAUAAUUAAGUCAGUGUGAUUUUGUUUAUAUUUUGUGGAAUCUUUUGCCCAAAUUUUUUAUCAUUAUUUUUUAUUAAAUGCUUAAACUUUAUACUAUCAUAUGAAAACUUACCAUAAUAAGUUGAUGGACUCAUACCUACAUACAUUGUAAGAUACCUGUACAAUAAGUUGGCCGUUCAAGGUAACAGUUGGAUUAUCAUUUUAAUAGAAAAUAAUGAUUUUUUCAGUAAUGAUGGGACAUAGAAAAAUCAGUAGCUGACCAUUUGAAGCAGCUAAGGGGUAUUUGAAGUAGAAGGUUCAUUAUGAUUUUCUUUUUAUUUUACACAAGCAACUGUGUACUACAUGUACCCCUAAAAUUUUUAAGCAUGCCUACUUAUCAAAAAUUUACCUUGUCAAAUUCCAUUGACAAAUCAAGUCUGGAUAAUGAAUACCUGCAAUUUUUCAAAAUAUUUGCAUGUGAAUCUCUUAUAUUGAAUCUUUUGACAUCUGUUAAAUACUUUGGAUGAAUUAUGGUAUGAAUUGUAAUUAUACCACAUCAAGACAUUAUUUUUUAUCAGAAAUGUUAAAUGUUUCUGUGAACCUAUAAGGGUCACCAUGUUGUGCAUUUAAAAAAAAGCGGGCAAUACCUGUACAUGUACUUUAAAUUUUCAUAGACAAUCCACUGAAUGGUGCUACUUCAUUUAGUCUUGAGAAAUUUUUAACAGUUCAAAAAAGUGCUUAUAAAUCCACUUAUUUAUUUUGAAGCUAUUGUGAGCUUUGUAUUUAAUGUUUUGUUACUGAAUAAAUGCAAUAUGAAAACCAA